UAAACACCAUCGAUUCCCUACUCCCUUCUUCCUCUUUGAUCGAAUUGGAGACACCGGGCCGCCAUUCUCCUUUUUUUCCUCUUUCUCACGAGCUCCUCGCUCCCUCACCAGCGAUUCUGCUUGUGCUUCAAAUGUUUGUUGUCAUCAGAAAGGGCUGCCCUUGGUGUUUCCAUUCCGACUUUUGUUUCAUUCACUGCAGUUGGUUGCUGUGGUCAUUUCGGACCUUGUUUCAGCAUUGGACUUGACAUAUCUUUGAACUUCAGAUACUUGAAAAGUUUUCCAGUUAUUAUCAACAGCAUUCUGGGAUAAUAAGAUCUAACUCCAAGUAUAUAAUUAGCUGUUUUGCGAUCAGUGUGACAUUGACGUUUUGAUUUUUCUUGAGCAUUAUAUUUGAGGAGGUUCUUUUAUUAUGAUGGCUAAUACCUCUCUUGCGCCGGGCUUCCGUUUCCACCCGACUGAUGCUGAGUUGGUUUGCUUCUACUUGAAAGGGAAGAUCAUGCAGAAGGCACUUCCAUGUAAGAUCAUAGCUGAGAUUGAUCUGUAUAAGUUUCCCCCUUGGGAUCUUCCAGCUAAAUCUUUCUUGAAAAGCAAAGACCUUGAGUGGUAUUUCUUUUGCCCUCGAGAUCUGAAAUAUGCUACAGGUUCUAGGACAAAGAGAGCUACUGAUUUGGGAUAUUGGAAGACCACAGGAAGGGAUAAGGCCAUAGUUAAUAAAUCUGAUACCGUUGGAAUGAGAAAGACUUUGGUUUUCCAUGAAGGGAAGGCACCUGGAGGGUCUAGAACUGAUUGGGUUAUUUAUGAAUAUAGGCUCAAGGACAAGGAUUUGACUGAUACUGGAAACCUCCAGGAUAAGCUUGUUCUCUGCAAAUUAUUCCAAAAAAGUGGGCGAGGCCCGAAGAAUGGGGAGCAUCAUGGUGCCCCAUUUAAUGAGGAGGAAUGGGAAGAUGAUGAUACUGGUAAUGAUUACAGUGGUUCUGUGUCUUGUAUGGUGUCUGCUCAGGACCCGCAUGAUGAUCAGGCUACAAUGUUGGAACCUGGCCCUCCAGUGCCCGUGGAUUCUGGAAUUGGUGAUGCACACGCGGUUUCUGGAACUGGUGAGGCACAUGCGGUUAUUGGAACUGGUGAGGUAUCUUCAUUACCUGAUGGUGAGGAGGAGUUGUGGACUGAGCUCAUAGAAGCUCUUCGAUACUCUCCCGAUAAUCUUGGAGAUAUUCUAGGCGAGGCUCCAGGUUCACAUGUUUUGCAUUGUCAGACCAGCGCAGCUGGCACGCACCUUGGAGGGAUAUAUGAUGGAUUAUAUGAUCUCCCUCCACCGGCUGAACCUAAUGAACCGAACUAUGGCACAUAUUUCAACACGGAAGAAUUUCUUAUGGAUAUUGAUCCUUCUGAACUGUAUGUACAUGAUCCAUUUGAGAAUUUGGCCAUCUUUCAAAAUUCGAAUGGCCAUGGUGUUUCAGCUUUAGCAGUUGAUGAUACUCCCCCUCCAGCUGCAGCAAUAACCGAUCCUUGUCAGUGCCCUAAUACUAAUCACAAUCAAUACACCCUGAAUGUGGAGAUAAAUGCCUUUGGGGAAGAUGACAACCAACAGUUUGAGGCAUUGUUUCACGAAUUUUUAAAGGAUCCGGUCUGGCAAACAGAAUAUGGUGCAAAUGUUUGUUCAACGUCUGGUGCAGGUGGAAAUGAUUCCAAGAAAUCUUUCUUCUAUUCUGAUCCAAGCUGCAGUAACCGUUAUCCCGACAGGUGACAACUUACAUUAUAAAUAUAAUGGAGAAAAUCUGUGUGACUGAGCAGUGUGAGCUUUGCCUGGUUCUUAAUCGUGGGAUUAUUUAUUCCGACUUAACAUCCGUGCUGAGACUCUUUUCAAAGGAUCCAAUCUUUCUAUUUUUCACCUUUGUGGUUUUGCAUCUGCAUCUCUGAUGGAGGAAGCCCAUCCUUACUCCCAGUGUUGAUGGAUGGAUGGAUACUCAUGGCUUCCGGUUUCUUACAACAUCUGCGAGCAUACCUGAACUUAGUUAUCUCUUUUUCAGGGCCUGUUUAACUCAAUCAUCAGUCAACCCAUUCAUCAAAACACAGACAUCAUUCGCUGCAUCAAUUUCUGAGAUUCAGGGAAAGCUUACAAGUGAUCCUACUCAUUGUGUUCCAGCUUAUAUUUUAAUUUGAAUGUUCAGCUUAUAGCAGUGACCCUUUAUCCUUUUUUCAUCUUUCUGAGUUUUACUCGAAGGCUAUGUAAAAUUUAUAACCUAUUGUUCUUCCAA